GAGAGUUUGUACUGAAUGCAGUAUGGAGGCCGCGCUCUUCAUCUUCUCGCUCAUUGAUUGCUGCGCCCUCAUUUUCCUCUCCGUCUACUUCAUAAUUACUCUGUCGGACUUAGAAUGUGACUACAUCAACGCUCGUUCCUGCUGCUCCAAACUGAACAAGUGGGUGGUCCCGGAGCUGGUCGGCCAUACCGUGGUAUCGGUGUUGAUGCUCGUGUCGUUACACUGGUUCAUCUUCAUUCUUAAUCUGCCUGUAGCAGCAUGGAAUAUAUAUAGGUUUAUUAUGGUGCCAAGUGGAAACUUGGGGGUGUUUGACCCCACAGAGAUUCACAAUCGGGGGCAACUAAAGUCUCAUAUGAAAGAAGCCAUGAUUAAACUUGGAUUCCAUCUACUCUGUUUCUUCAUUUACUUGUACAGUAUGAUUUUGGCCUUAAUAAACGACUGAGCCCAGGAGCGGAAUUGGAAGAGAAGCCCUAUGUCCCCAGUUAAAGGAGAGCCGCGAGAGAACAAGACCGUUCAGGAAGCAGACGUCCCAGCUAAACCCAGACUAGUAUUUUCCAUUUUUGCCUAUUUAAAAGCAAUAUUUGUAGCUGUAUUUUUUUAAACAUGUAUAAAAAAAUUUUUUGAAAAGAAAGUCCAUUUAGCCUAUUGUGCGUCUUCUCUUUACCUGAGGGUGACUCUGCACUGACCGGCAGAAAUCUGCUUUACUUGGGAUCGCCUACAGAAUAUGUUGCCAAUGCUUGUACAAGUAUGGGAUCCCUUCUGGAUAACAGAUCCUGUACCUGUACCAAUAUCCAGUUCUGCUGACAAUCACAAACAUAAACAUUUUUGUAUAUCCAUCCACCCCCACCCCAUCCAUAUGUGUAACAUGCUUAGCAUUCUAAAGGCUGGUAAAGGUUUUUUCAAUAACACACUACUUACUUUUUCACACGGAUAUUUGGGUUCAAUAUUAAUCAUUAAGUGGAAACCUUUUUAAAGGCCAAGCUGCAUAAAUAAGCGUGGCUUGCAGUAGCGGCAAAGGUGAUUUAACAGAUUUAUUAUCUUUUAUGUCUUUUGCCAACAUACCAACCAUGGGGGUAAUAUAAUCGCCCUUGCAGGGGAAUGACUGUACUGUAAGCGUUAUACUUGCUGAACGGUGAGCUUGCUUUGUCAUUGUCCAUAUGUCUUAUGUACAUUAGGGAAGCAUUAUGGGCAAUGUAAGCCUGCCAGAAUCUUUAUAAAAAAUUCUGUUUUCUGCACAGAAACUGUUAAAAGGUAUCUGCCCAUCACUAGCUAAGUGACAGGGCAAACAGCCACAACUGGGCCCAUUGGAGAAUAUUCCCACGGGUCACAAGGCUGAAUUGCAUUUAACCAAUCCCAAUGCAUAUUUCAACGUGUAAAAUAAUUAUAUGCAUACGCAGAUAGAGGAGAACUAAAGCUAAAGAAUUUGGGUAGAAAUGCAACACCUUAUGUGCUUCUGUACCAGCCCCAAGCCGCCUGAAGAUGCCUACAGUAGCCCCCCCAUCUUCUUUUGUGCUGAUUCCCUGCACAUACUCUGGGCUGCUGCCCGUUACCUGAGCUUAGAGAUCGACUCACCCUAUACAGUAUAUCUAAAUGUAAAAUGAAUCAUACAAUGCUCUUUAGUAAUCGGUUCAGAUUACAUUGCAUGGCAUGAGUGUAACGUCUUAGCAGCAGUCUAGAGCCCACUGAGCAUGUGCAGGUCAGUGACACACAAAAGAUGACUUUACAGAAGUGGGAAUUGAAUUGAACAACUUUGAAGGCCUGGGUCAUUAUUGUAAUAGAGCUACUGAGCCUCAACAGUAAGGUCACACAGCAUUUCUAAACAUAUUUUUUUGGCUUUAGUUUUACAUUUAUUGUCUGCAUUAUUGAGCUCAUUCAUCUCUUGGUGAAAUUAAACUGACUAAAUGUUCAUCUUUUGUUCUCGCAGCAGUACUUUCCAUUCUAGAUUUCAUGUUUUAAGCCUGUCAUCUAAUUUUUCACAGAAUAAGGCCUUUGCUUUACUCUCAUAUUUGAAAGUGUUUGCAAAUAAAUUUUUUUUAAACCUAAA